CCGCGUGUAUAUAAAUAGUUUGUUAUACAAUUGUACAGUCAUGUGUCAACUACCUUCUUCUUCUUCUUCUUCAUAUAAUAAUCAAAUAUCUUCUUUCCGCCAUUAAAGCUCUGGUUUGUGUUCUGAUUUCUGAUUGGGAUUUUUUGAAGGUGAAUAGAAAAUGGUAGAGUCAAAGAAGUUGUCUGCUUAUUGGUGGUGGUUUGACAGUCAAAACAGUAUUACAAGAAACUCUCCAUGGCUUCAAUCCACUCUUGCAGAGCUAGAUAACAAGACAGAAUCCAUGCUGAACUUGAUUGAACAAGAAGCAGAUUCUUUCGCAAAACGUGCAGAAAUGUAUUACAAGAAACGACCUGAGCUUAUUAAACAAAUUGAGGAUUUCUACCGAACCUAUCGGGCACUAGCUCUACACUAUGAUCACGCCACCAAGUUUGAGUUUGACUCGUGUACUCGCCUUUUGACCCGACACCAAACUUCCCAUCCGAUCACUAACGUGGACAAAUCCUAUGACAGCUAUUCUGACUCAGUUGACUUGUACCAUGAUCAAGAUUCCAACGAAUCACAGACCGAUGAUCAUCGAAUCCUCGAUGAAGAGUCUUUAAGUGAAUCAAAAAGUGAAGAAUUGAUGAAUUUGAGGGAAGAAAUUGAAAGACUGAAAGAAGAAAAUAAGAUUCAGAAGGAGAUGUUGGUUGAAAAAGAUGAAGAGAAAAGAGAAGCAAUAAGACAGCUGAGUUUAUAUGUGGAUUCAAUCAAGCAAGAGAAUUUGAAUUUUAAAAAGAGGCAUGCUUUCAAAAUGCAGAUUUAAUAGAAGUAGCAUAUUCUCAAGGGUAUUUUGGGAAAAAAAAUGUUUUUUGAGUAGAUUUUGUAGAUAGACAAGAGUCAUUCAUAUACACUACAUUAUACAAUUUGAGAUCUAUGAAAACAGCCUUUUGUUUGGAAGUGGUAA